CGUGUUGGAUUCCUUCAGACCCCGAUCAGAGGCCUUGCUAUUGCUGAUAAUAUUGUAAAUGGAUUUUUCGCUAUUGAUAUUUUGUUGACCUUCUUUGUUGCGUAUCUUGAUCCGCAAACUUAUCUUCUUGUUGAUGAUCAUAAGAAGAUUGCUUGGAAGUAUGUGAGUACCUGGUUUAUUUUUGAUAUUGUAUCAACAAUACCUUCUGAAGCUGUGGAGAAGAUUCUCCCUGACGCUAUCCAGGCCUAUGGACUAUUCAAUAUGCUACGUCUCUGGCGUGUACGUAGAGUCAGCAAGAUGUUCUCUAGAUUGGAGAAAGAUCGAAAUAUUAGCUACUUUUGGAUUCGAUGCUUGAAGCUAGUUUUUGUGACUCUAUUCGCUCUUCAUUGUGCUUCCUGCUUUUACUAUUAUAUUGCUGAUCACUAUCCUGACCCCAACAAGACCUGGAUCGGUCUUGCAAUCGGAGACUUCCACAAAGAGGAUCUGUCGUUGCGUUAUGUGAUGUCAGUCUACUGGGCAAUCACCACGCUCUCAACAACUGGUUAUGGUGAUCUGCACCCUGUGAAUAUGAGGGAGAUGGUCUUUGAUAUAUUCUAUAUGCUCUUCAAUCUUGGAUUGACUGCAUACUUGAUAGGAAAUAUGACUAACUUAGUGGUUCAUGGGACUAGCCGAACUAGAAAAUUUAGGGACACAAUUCAAGCUGCUUCCAGUUUUGCGUUGAGGAACAGGCUUCCUGUACGCUUACAAGACCAAAUGGUUGCUCACUUGUGCUUGAAGUACAGAACUGAUUCAGAAGGUUUACAACAGCAAGAGGUUCUUGAUUCCCUUCCCAAGGCAAUCAAAUCAAGUAUUUCACAUUUUCUCUUCUAUUCGCUGCUUGAUCAUGUGUAUCUAUUCCGUGGAGUAUCAAAUGACUUGCUUUUCCAACUGGUUUCAGAGACGAAAGCUGAGUACUUCCCUCCAAAAGAAGAUGUGAUUCUGCAGAAUGAGGCACCUACUGAUCUAUAUGUACUAGUUUCUGGUGCCAUGGAAUUUAUCAAUAACAAAAAUGGAGGUGAACAGGUUGUUGAUGAGGUUUCUUCAGGGGGUAUCUGUGGGGAGAUAGGUGUUCUUUGUUACAGACCGCAGCUUUUCACAGUUCGUACCAAGAGAUUGUGUCAGCUGCUGCGUCUCAAUCGUACUGUCCUUCUGAAUCUUGUCCAGGCGAAUGUUGGGGAUGGAGCAAUUAUCAUGAACAAUCUUCUAGAGCAUUUGAAAGGGCAGCACGACCCACUGAUGCAAUCUGUUCUCAGAGACAUAGAGAACAUGCUAGCUCAUGGUCGAAUGGAUUUGCCUCUCAGUUUAUGUUUUGCAGCCGCAAGAGGAGAUGAACCGUUGUUGCAACAUUUGCUGAGACGAGGUUCUGAUCCAAAUGAGGCGGAUAUGAAUGGGCGCACUGCUUUGCACAUUGCAGCUGCUAAUGGAAGUGAACAUUGUGCGAUUGUUCUUCUUGCAUAUGGAGCAGAUCCAAACACUAAAGACUCGGAAGGGAAUGUUCCACUUUGGGAUGCAAUAAUGGGAAGGCACGAGGCCUUGAUCAAGCUUUUAGUAGACCAGGGUGCUACUCUAGCCUCUGGGGAUGUGCCUCAAUAUGCGUGCCAUGCAGUAGAGGAGGAUAAUUUCGAGCUGCUAAAGGAUGUUGUUCGGUAUGGUGGAGACGUAACUGCUCCCAAGAGUAAUGGAUUUACAGCACUUCAUGCUGCAGCGUCCCAUGGAAAUCCUACAAUAGUUAAGUUCCUCUUGAAGCAAGGGGCGGACAUCGAUAAGUCUGAUUUGAACGGAUGGACGCCAAGGGGUCUGGCUGAUCUUCAUGGGCAUGAAGAGAUAAAAGCAUUAUUUCGUUCUAAAGAAGAGGCUAGUGUACAAUCAGUCAUUACGGUUCAUGGUAAAGAAUCAGGCCCCACUUUUCUCAAGAAGCUUAAGGUUGAUUCAAUGGAUGUUACUCCACGUACACGUGAAGUGACUUGGGCUGACAAGCAGCCUCGUCGUCGGGUGAACUCAUUUCGAAAUUCACUAUUUGGGUUCAUGUCUGCAGCCACUAGAGUUGAGUCGUCACAAACUGAACGAGGUAGUUUCUCAAACUCCCCAUUCUCCGGGGUCCAGCCUGCUAGAGUGAUACUCAGAUGCCCAGGAAAGGGUGACGCUACAAAACUCGUUAUAUUGCCUGAGACCAUUCCAGAACUACUCGAAAUUGGCACUAAAAAAUUUGGGCGGCAUUGCACUAAAGUAGUCACUUCAGAUGGAGCUGAAAUUGAUGAGAUAGAGCUUGUUAGAGAUGGUGAUCUACUCUGUCUCAUAUGUGAAGAAAGCAAUACGCCUGAAAGCGAGUAGUUGACAAUCUCAUCUCUGCCUUACCUACAUUGGAUUCAUAAACAAAAAAAAUGCGUGGCGCCUGCUUGAGUUGGGAGGACUAUAUCAUUUCAAUGCAGAAUUUGACAUAGAUUUUAUAGGCAUUGGUUCAUGUACAUUAACAGAGGGGAUGGUAGUCCAGUUUUAUUGUUUAUUCCUGUCUUAUUCUUAUGAUUCUCUGGAAAUUGUAUUCAUCUAUAGCUCUUGUAUAGUGAGGAGAAUGUGAGAUGAAUCACAGGGCAUGUUAGAUUCACCUUGGGCCUAUGAUCGCAGCUAUUUGUGAGUGUUCACAAUACAUUAAGUUGUAGCAGUGUAAAAGCCUUUAAAGGCAUGUUUGGGAAGAGAUUUUCAUGUAAUAUAUCCGCGUCAGAGAUUCGGAUA